GUUUAUCGAUUUGUCUUCAGCAACUUGCUGGUUAUCGGUAUAACGAUGUUACAUCGAUGUUGCUUCCAGCUCUAAAAGAGGCGGACUGUCGGAUAGCGGAUCUGAUCGGCGACAUGGAUCAAUUCUCGCACGACCUUACACUGGCCCUCGAGGAGACCUCGCUUAUGGACUUGGCCAGUGGCGUCGGUAGGUGGGGCUCGCGUCGCAGGACCCGUUCAACGGGCAAUUUGCCCUGUGCUCCCCAGCCCACAGAGGACUCGUCGAGUAGUCCCACGGACUUGAAUGCCUUGGGCGGCCACCAUGGCCACCAUCAUCACCACCACCACCAUAACCACCCAAGUGCCAACGUGGAUGGCCUGGACACGCAUAAUCUAAAGCUGCCAGCCAGUGAUUCGGAUGAAAAGGCAGCGGCGAUGCUGCCAUUAAGAUUGCCUUUAAAGCUGCCCGUGCGCAUGGGCGCCCUGGAAUCAGAUUCCUUAAACGAGACCACCUUCAGCCCAGCCAGAUUUUACAAACCCAAUUCGCGUCGGAAAAGAAAAAUCAAACGGAUGUCCAUGGAGUUCGAGUUUAGCAAGGAUGCCACGCCUCACUGCUUCACAGAGUCGCCAUUGCAGCCGGGAAUGCUUAGUAGUGGCACCGCCACUGGAACUAUACGUAAACGUUUGCUUAAAGUCGAUGGACACCAUCGAUCGCAUUUGUUUUUUUGUGGAAAACGCAAACGUUCCAAUCGGGACCGGUACCACGAACAUGACACGGGCAAGCUUUUCUCCCUACAGCUGGAGGAGCAGCAUACCCAGCACAACCAAGCACAGAACCAGCAGAGGAUGCGUCCGCGUAGCUACUCCUCAACAUCGAAGCCCUUGAGCGAUCGCCUGUUGCCGCUGAACAAGGGUCUGCUCUCGAAGAUAAACCGAAUGGCUGCCCAGGGACAGCAAACCAAUCAAAAGACUGACAACAAGGAGAAGGAGAAGGAGGUGGAGGGCCAGAUGGAGGAGAUGGAGGAACUGCCCAAGGCGAAGGAUGUGCCCGGUGAAAAUAAUCUAAUAGACGAGGUUUCAACCAACCUGGACUCGUUCAAAAUGGAUACCAUUGUGCCUGUGACCGAUAUUGAUGCCCUGCUGCUCAGCUCGCCACCAACUGCUCCACGGCAGCACUGCAAAAAGUCGCCCGGGCAGGUGAAGGGUCACGGGCAUCGUCGCCGUCGCUUUCAAACUCCACUGGAAGCCCAAUCGCAGUCCAUGGAGUGCAGCGAACUGUACGACUUUAGCUCCAGUUCGUUGAGCUCCAGCUCGGAUAGCGAAGCGGAAGCUGGUUGCCAUCGACGCCAUGAUACGGAUCGCGAGGGUGACGACGAGUUAACCGACUGGCCGGGCAAUGAAUUCGGUCCAGGGGCUCGCUAUGAUCCCAAACGGAAGCUGACCAAGAAGUCGCUGCUGCCACAAAUUCGCUCCGACGACACUAUCGGCGAGGAUGACACUCUAAUGUCGGGCACAGAAGCCGGGGCGGGUGCGAUGGCGGAACCGGCACCACCGCCACCCAAAUCUCCAGCUGUCCAGCUACCAGAAUCUCUGCAAGACUUGUCGCGCUCCGAACCGAUUGAGAUACUGAGUGCCUGCUCGGAAAUGGAAACAAAUGCGGCAGCUCCGCGGCAAAUCGAAAGCGAGAUGUCCGGCGAAACAUCGAAUCCUUUCCUCUCCUCCUCGCCGCCCGGCCAGGCUCAGGGCCAGGAGGUGCGCGAAAUACGUGCUGGUUGCCGGCGCAUCAAUGGCGAACGGCCUGGGUUCAGCAUCAAAUCCGGAGUUAACGAGAGACUGGCCAAAUUCCUGCAGGAUCCACGACAGACCCAAAUACGGUUGCCGGACAUCGAGCUCUACGAACCGGAUAGCUUGUCCAACCUGGCCACGCUCUACUCCUUGACCAUGGCCAUGGAGCAGGGCUGCACAGUGCUGACAAAGACCAGGAACACCACCCAGUCGGUGAGUGUGGAUCAUAAUCAGCGAGGAGCUGCUCUGCAACCGCGUCCCGAUCUCUUUGGUGACUUCAAGCGGCGCUGUUAUGGCGAGGAGGACGCCCCGGAAGACCAGGCCCAGCAGCAGUCGGAGAAAUGAGACACGGCCUUCAAGGCGACAAAACGACUUGACCAAUCCCCAGCGGCAUAGACUCAUCCUCCCCGCGGAGUACAACUCCCAAGGAGCUAUGCUGCUCGGGGUGGAAGAACUCGAUAGAGACCUAAAACCAGACAGAAAAUAAGAGCUUUUAGCGUGUGCGUUUUUUUUUUUUUAUUUUUGUGUAUUGUAUUGUGAGAAAAAAAAAAUCUGUUGUAUCGGUCCGUGUAUAUAGGGAAACUAAAUUGGAAUUUUUAGGACGAGGCUCCGGUCGAGAUUUUGAAAUCGGCUUGGUGGUCGUCGCCACUGUACAAAAUAUUAAUUUUUAACUUGUUCCAUAAGAAGUAAAGUGAAUACGAAGAUAAUAUAAUUAUUAAAAAAAAAAAAUAUAUAUAUAUAUAUGUGUGAGAAUAACCGAAG